UUAAAGCGCAUGUUGUACUUUUUCAACAUGCACGUUCUCUCGAAAAUCAAAUUCACCACAGCAUCGCGAUGCGUGUUAUCAAUAAGAAAUCAAUUAAAUUAUUCUACAACUAUCGCUAUAAACGGUGAAGUUACCGGUAAUUCGGAAAAAGUUAACAAAGUGUGUGAGUUUGAAGGUGCGCGCCCGUACGCGGAUGUUCCGGGACCGAAACCCAUUCCGAUUUUGGGGAAUACUUGGCGUUUGUUGCCUGUUAUUGGCCAGUAUCAAGUGUCAGAUGUCGCGAAACUUUCGCAAAUAUUUUAUGCCGAAUAUGGUAAAAUUGUUAAACUCUCCGGUUUGGUGGGACGACCUGAUUUGCUCUUUGUCUACGAUGCCGAUGAGAUAGAAAAAGUUUAUCGCAAUGAAGGACCAACGCCUUUUCGUCCAUCUAUGCCAUGUUUGGUCAAAUAUAAAGGUGAAGUACGAAAGGAUUUUUUUGGUACGCUGCCAGGAGUAGUAGGUGUUCAUGGUGAGCCAUGGCGAGAAUUCCGGACGAAAGUACAAAAACCAAUAUUGCAAUUACAAACGGUUCGUAAAUACAUUGCGCCCAUUGAAGAAGUCACAGAUUACUUCAUGCAACGAAUGAUGGAAAUGCGCGAUGCCGAAGGUGAAAUGCCUGCAGACUUUGACAACGAAAUUCACAAAUGGUCACUUGAAUGUAUUGGUAGAGUCGCUUUGGAUGUACGAUUAGGUUGUUUGGAUGCUAAUCUACCUGAAACGUCUGAACCGCUUAAAAUUAUCAACGCCGCUAAAUUUGCACUGAGAAAUAUUGCAGUGUUAGAGCUUAAAUUUCCGUUUUGGAGGUAUUUUCCAACUCCAAUUUGGACUAAAUAUGUGAAUAAUAUGGAUUACUUUGUGGAAAUAUGUAUGAAGUAUAUUAACGAAGCAAUGGAUCGAUUGGAAACCAAAAAAGAUAAAAAUGAAUAUGAAUUAUCGCUGAUUGAACGAAUUUUGAUUAAUGAACCAAAUCCACGAACUGCAGCGAUUCUUGCUUUGGAUCUUAUUUUAGUUGGAAUUGAUACGAUAUCAAUGGCGGUGUGUUCGAUUCUGUAUCAACUCGCAACCAGACCGGAAGAACAAGAAAAACUUCAUCAGGAGUUAUUACGGGUGUUACCCGAUCCCAACACACCUUUAACCACAGCACUGCUUGACCAAAUGGUAUAUCUUAAAGCUUUUGUUAAAGAAGUGUUUAGAAAAUACUCUACAGUCAUUGGUAACGGCAGAACAUUACAACAAGACACGGCUAUUCGAGGUUUUCACAUUCCAAAAGGGGUACAAGUAGUUUUUCCCACUUUGGUAACUGGUAGCAUGGAGGAAUAUGUCUCAGACGCUGCAGAUUUUAAACCGGAAAGGUGGAUGAAGGGAAAAAAUGAAGGAAUGAAAAUUCAUCCAUAUGCAUCAUUGCCUUAUGGACACGGUGCUAGAAUGUGUUUGGGUCGACGAUUUGCCGACUUGGAAAUACAAAUUUUGCUUGCUAAGUUGAUUCGAUCGUACAAAUUAGAGUACAACCACGAUCCACUUGAAUAUAAGGUGACUUUCAUGUAUGCUCCUGAUGGGGAACUCAAAUUUAAAGUUACCAAACGUCCACCAAUGUAAUAAUUGUAAAAAUAAUAAGAUUUAAUAAGGAUACAAAAUUAAACAGUAUAUUGUACA